AUGCCAAAGCGAAAGCCUGCGCAGAAGCAGGUCCUUACACAGAAGCUGCGUGAUCCUCGCUUGCUGCAACAGAUCCGUGACGGGCCCUGGGACGAGGCCCUGCGUGCUGCGGCUACCUGUGAUCCGAAAUGGAGGCUGGAAGGACAAAAUUCGAUGUACUAUGCAGCUGCCCGCAAAGAUGCCAAAGAGGCCGAGCAGCUGUGCCAGUACUUGUUCAGGCGGCUUCACAGAGCCCCAUCUUCUCAGAGCGACAACUGGUCGCAGAGCCCAUUGUUCUACGCCGCCAGUCAGGGCCACACAGAGCUAUGCCGCUUCUUUGUCAACGCCUUCAAGACAGAUAUACAUCAAGCCGAUGAGAAAGGGGAGACGGCCUUGUUCGUUGCAAUCCGGAAAGGCCAUGCAGACACCGCAAGCUUUUUGCUACGUUGCGGUGCCUCGCUGGGUGCCAGGAACAAGCGGAGGCAAUCGCCAUACAGCAUUUGCAGCCCGGAAGUUCUGCAGGUGCUAGCAUCUCGGGUUGAGGAUUGGAAGGAGCAGCCACAUGCUUCCGGCAAACGGAAACGGGACGAGUGCCGGGCCGAGGGCCCGGAAACUCUCAAGGCAUGGUCAUGCAAGCGGGCCAAGUGCCAUGAGGAGGAGCCCGUCGUGAUGCAGAAAGAUCACGAGACAGUUACGGAAAAUGACACACACUUCGUCACGAAUCUUCAUGCUGCAUGCCUGGGAAAAGUGCGGCAGCUUGAGAAGAGCUUGAUUGUGGACCAGGCAAAUCUUUUCCAGAACGAAUUGUGGUGUCAGGCUUGCAGGGUCAAGGAUUACUGUGACGCGCUGGGAGCUUUUGCUGAUGACCGAAUUGCCGUAAAGGUAAUGAAGCAAAUCGUGACGAGCACGAUGAACACUCGGAGUAUUGUUCUGGUGGCCGUUGACAAAGCAACAGGGCACGUGGUUGGCUAUUGCCAUGCUGACACGAAGAAGAAUGAUUUGCUUAUCGCGCACUUAAAGGUGCAGUUCGAGCAUCAAGGUUGCGGAGUUGGCAGACUUCUUGUUGAUGCGACAGAAGCCAAAGCAUUUCAAAGAGGUUGGGAGUUUGAUACCGCUAGUCUUUUCGUGCUGCGUGAAAAUUCGGUGGCAGUGCGCCGGUUCACAACAAUGGACUUCGAAAUUGAGUCCGAAACAUUGGAUUCGCUGGUCUGCCCGCUGUCAAGAUGUUACAGGAUGGUGCGUACGGUACAGAAACUGCGAGACGCGAGUCGUCAACACAUCCAGCAAACCACUCGCACAAACGGUGAGAAGCGCGAUGUCGAAACUCCGAUCAACUCGGUUGUGGGAUGA